CGUACCUUUUAACGCGGGAAGCUAAGUAGCGUCAAGCAAAUCGAUCAAUCAGAGAGAAAGAGUGAGAAAUGGGCGGUCCACCGUACGAUUGCAUGUCGAACCCACUGGGUGCCGUCCGAUUGACAUUUGAGAAGGCGAUAGGGUUAGGAUCAGAGACCCUGACCCAUCCCUCCGCCUUCGACGGCAAGGAUUGGGGUGCCCUUGAACUCUUCCGCCACUUCCUCUUCCAGGAAUCGGGUCUCUCCCAGGUUCCCAUUCUUAAUCCCAAGACGCUGAGAUGGGUUCAGCACAACUGUCUUGUCCGUUACCGUGGCAUGAUCCAGGACAUGUUGGGAAAUGAAUUCUAUGUUGGUGCUUACAGGGAGGAAGGGUGUUCAUGGCGGACCAACAAGUUCACGGAUGUUUCUCAAUACGCAAUGGAGUCCCCUUCUGAUACGUGUAUUUGGGAGCGUCGCUUGCUCUAUUGUGUUCCUGUUCCGGGACAGAGUUCAUGGACUGUACUUUCUUGCGACAUGGAUCCUAAGUGGUCAUCCCAAAGCAGGGAGAAGCGCCGUAGGAUGAAUGAUGAAGACGAGGUCCCAAUGGAUUUGGCUCCUGAGGAUGAGGUUAAAAGAUCUCCAAUUACCAAGAAGAUGAGAGAAAAUGAACCUCCUGCUUCAUCAGAACCUAUGGAUCUUAAAACCGCAAGCAUGAGUACAAUUCAAUUUGUUGACAAAGAUAACCUUCCUUGUCUGGUAAAGAUAUAUGAUUCUCCUGAGUCAGACUUGAAGCUGAAUGAUGUUUUUGAGUUUAUUGGUGUCCUCACUUUCUAUUCAGAGCUUGCAGUUGAGAAAGAUGAAAAUGAUGAGUUAUCAAAUAUUUUAUAUGAUGACGCACGGGUCCAUUUGCCCCCUAAUAAGGUCCCACGCCUGCACUGUCUUGUACAUAGGAAGCUUGCAGUGCAUGACUUUCUGCUGGGCUCCCCAAUAAUGGAGCCAAAGCCACAUUUGGUGAAAGAGAUAAGGGAAGCUUUGUUCAGGCAUCUUACGGUUGUUCUUGGCAAUGAUGGGGUAGCUGCUCAUUUCAUGUUGUUGCAUCUUCUGUCCAAGGUUCACACUCGAGUAGAUGAUGUUGCUGUUGGGAAGCUGUCACUAAAUUUAACUGGUUUAAGCAAAGAAAGUGUAUCUGUGUUUGGCACUCGACUUAGCCAAGCUUUCAAAAACCUGCUACCAUUCACGAAUUGCAUGCCUCUCACACUGGAAUAUCUGAACACUGCCUCUCUUGCCCCGAAAAAGGAUUAUCAAACAAACAGAUUGAUUCCAGGAGUUCUUCAAUUACCUGAGGGAUCACACUUGAUGGUUGAUGAAACCCAACUAGAAUCGGGAAGCCUCAACUCUAUUGGAAUUGAUAAUGUAAAGUUGCUGAAAAAUCUAAUAGAGUUUCAAAAAGUGGAAUAUGACUUUCAGUACUACAAAGUGGAAAUGGCAGCGGAUGUCCAGUUACUUAUCUUCUCAGAGGGGAAAUCUAAUAUUGUUCCUGCUGAUCUAAUUGUACCUUUUCAGCCUUCUUCUCUUGAAUCCUCCGAAAUACCAGUUGGAGAGGCACUGGAAGCUUGGAGAUGGUACCUAGCUACUGUUAGAUCAUUACCGCAUUCCAUUGGAUCUGAGAUGCAGAAGGUGGUAGAAGAUGACUUGGUUGCUGCAAGACAAGCAGAUCGGAGCUUAGGCAGUCGAGAUUUUAGCAGAUGGUUGACGAUGGCCCGCCUCAUAUCCUCAAGUUUGGGAGAAACCAGCCUGACAUUGGAACAUUGGCAAAUGGUAAAAGAAAUGGAGAGGCUAAGGAAGGAGAGGCUCAAGUAGAUCAGAUGCUUGAUAUUGGCAAUGAUGUUUCUUCUUUUUCUUUCCCCCAAGGCCAUGAAAAGGCCUAUGAUGUUUCAAAACCAAUGUUUGUCAUGUAUGAUUGUUACUCUACCCUGCUCUCUAACGUAUUCUCAUGUCUAAUUCCUGGCUUUGUUGUUGAGAUUGGAUCAAAUGCUUAUUAAAGUCAAUAUAAAUUUAGGUUUUUUUUUAUUAUAAUUA